UAGCCGCCCUCCUCCUCCUCCUCCUCUUGGACAACUCGGAACUCUGCAGUAAGACGGUCAAAUAUUCCGAAUUACGUGCGUCUUUGUUUGUUUAGUCGCUGGGAAGAAGGAAGGGGAAAAAGCUCAGGGGACUAUAAUUAUCUUCAAGCCAUUUUUCUCCCCUCCUCCUCUUCCAGUUUUCAUUCGAGACGAGAGACGACGACGCCGGCUAGCAACAGAGGCUGCACACAAAUGAAACAAAUCUAAAAACUGCCGAAACUAAACAACGGACGAGCUGCCCCUCAUCGAUCCUAACCAAGCACCGGGUCGACAGUGUUUUUGGCUCGCCUCCCGGUCAAGUUUGAACAGUGGCGAUGGGCGAUGUGGACCUGGAGCAACAGGAGCCGUUCCCCGUGGAGCGGGAAGAGCAGAAACAGGACUCCCAGGCCAGAGAUGAUCUCCCAGACGGGAGGCGGAAGUUGGGAUACUGCGAGAAGUUCCAGCAGAGCAUCUCUAGGUGGAUGCUUCCAGAAGACUCCCGCAGCACCUACCUGCAGAGGGCCAACUGCUGCCCACCGCCCAUCUUCAUCAUCAUCAUCAGUGUUGUAGAGCUGUGCAUGUUCAUCUACUACGCCGUGUGGAAGCCUCAGAAGCAGUGGGUGACUUUGGAUGAAGGCAUCUGGAACAGCCGCCUCACCUACCGGGCCGAGUACAGGCAGGAAGCGUGGCGCUUUCUCUCCUACAUGUUUGUCCACGCUGGUGUGGAGCACAUCGUGGGCAACUUGUUCAUGCAACUGCUGCUGGGCAUCCCCUUGGAGCUGGUCCACAAAGGCUUUGAAGUGGGAAUGGUUUACAUGGCCGGAGUCUUGGCAGGCUCACUGGCGAGCUCCAUCUUUGAUCCUCUCAGUGCCCUGGUGGGGGCUUCCGGGGGGGUCUACGCCCUCAUUGGAGGCUACUUUAUGAAUGCUGUGGUGAAUUUCCGAGAGAUGAUCCCGCUGCUCGGUGUGUUUCGCAUCCUUGUCAUCGUGCUGAUUGUGGGCGUGGACUUUGGCUUCGCCUUCUACAGAAGAUUUGCCGGCGACGAGGGAGGUAUGAAGGUGUCGUUCGUGGCUCAUUUUGCGGGCAUCGUUGCGGGCAUGACUGUGGGCUACGUGUUCUUUAGCGAUUACAACAAGAAGCUGCUGAAGGACCCUCGCUUCUGGAUGUGUAUCGUGGCCUACCUGGUCUUCUUCCUCUUUGCCGUGAUCUUCAACAUUUUUAUUUCGCCUGCACCGUCCUAGCAUAGCCAUUCAAUAUUUGUUAGUUUCAGUUUUCGCCUAUAGUUCUGCAAAGUUUUUACAUUGUAUUUUAUUGUCAUUUAAUGCAUGUCAUAUUAAAAACAUGUCCGUUUUCA